CGUGACGUUGUUUACGCAGAGACGUUGACGCGCGUUGAUGACGUAUAAGCCCUGCGUGAAAACAUGGCGUCUGCUGUAGCGGUUGUUGAGGAGGCUGAAGAUUAUUCCUUUUUGCCUAUCAUUCACGACGUAAUAAAAUGCAUGGACAAAGACAGCCCCGACGUCCACCAGGAGCUGAACAAACUGAAGACGAAGAUCCAGGAGGCUCGGGAGCAGAUCGCGGCGAUGCCGGGGAUCGACAUGAGUCCCGCGCUGCAGGAGAGCAGACUGCGCACGCUCAGAGAACAGGUCCAGACCAAGAACCAGCUUCUGCAGAAAUACAAGAGCCUGUGCAUGUUUGACAUCCCCAAACCCUCCUGAGACUGAAACCAUUCAAAAAACAAACACGAACCACUGUUUACACGAUUGCCUGUCCAUGCUGGUGUUUAACUAACUGACCCACCGCUAGAGGCGACACCGAUUCACUGAUGCGACUCUUAUAUUUGUAAUAUUGCUCUAUUUUUUUAUUAUUUGUAUGAAAAAUUUUGUCUUUACUUUGGGAAUAGCAUAUGAAAGAUUGCGUGCUUGUAAUCAGUGACUGGAUUCUGUAUACUUCACCUUUGUCAUAGUUGUGCGUUAAAUUAAAUCACUUCUUUAAUAGAGGUUUUUACUUGCAUUUCAAUGUAAAAUCAUAUUUAAUGUGUGACCUGAAACUAUAUUUUGGGUCUUACUGAAGCCAUAAUAAAUGAGUGAAAUGGCAUUUUGAAGCACCCUAGAAGGUAUUUUCAGGUUAUUCUGUAGUUUUAAAGGCUAUAUCUGGAAUAUUUAUACUUUUAGGUGCAGAUUUUAAUGUGCUCAUUCAAGUGUGUGCACAACAGUAGACAAUAGUUUGAGCAUCUAAGAAGACAUUUUCAGAUUACUGUGGUUUUCAAGCAUAUACGGUCAUGGCCAAAAAUAUCGGCACCUUUAGUAAAUAUGAUCAAAGGGCGGCUGUGAAAUUUAAUCUGCGUUGUUAAUCCUUUUGAUAUUUUAUUUUAAAAAUCUAACCUUUCAUUGGAUAAUAAGAAUUUAAAAUGGGGGGAAAUAUCAUUAUGAAAUAAA